AUGAAUGCUAUUGAAAGAGCUACGGGGCCUCGACAUGCAUGCAAGUCUGCUUCAACCUCCACUUCGGAACUUCCCUCGAUUCCGGCUAGAUUGGAAGCUCUCAACUACAUUGGCCUCCCAGCGGAACUACGUCUGAAAACUAUUAGGUACACCAUGGAAGAGCCUCAGAAUGUUGGCAUCGACUUUUUCACUGGUACAACCUACGAGAUUGCAAAGAGUCCACCUCCUCGCAGAUUCACGCCUAUCCCUAUUGCACUUCACCUCAAUCGCGAAAGCAGAAUCGAGGCUCUUAAGCACUACGAAGUCUUACUCUUUCAUUCGAUUCCUGAUAACUGGAAGUCUUCCUGCCCUACAAUCUACAUCAACAAGGCAGUCGAUACUCUCACUGUCGAAUUGAAACCACAAACGGAUUCACAUUCAUGGGAGGAAGCAAGCAUGCUCGUCGAAUGUAUUAAGUUUAUCGAUUUCCCACGGUCACGACUGGUAGUUUCCAUGAGCGAAGAAAAUGAUUGGCUUUCCAAGAUUCGUGGUAUGGAGAGUUGGCAGCUUGAUGAUAAAAGCUUCCGCGAGGGCUAUGAUAAGACAUGCACGGCUAUUGUCAAGAAGCUUGCAGUGUUCGCGAGGGAACUCGUACGGCCUCGCCUUAGAUUUUACUGCGCAACCGGCAAAACGGACGAUACACGAUUUGUUAUGAACGAGCUUUCGGCAGAUAAUAUGAGCGUUACAAUGACACUAUUAGUAUAUCACGAGAAUAAGGUUUGGCGUUUUUUCGAUUGUAACCCAAUUGAAACUGAAAUUCUUCGCUUUGAGCCCUGCGAGGGAGGAAUUGCUCUUCAUUUAAAGUCCAAUAAGAGAUAG